CUUGUCACACAACCUUGCUUGUGUGUACAAUUAUGUACAAUUGUACAUGAUAAUAUAUGAUAAUAUUAUUUUAAAGUUUUAUUUAAAUAUAAUUUAAAAAUUCUAUUCCUAAAAAAUAUUACCCAAAAAUGCCACGAACUUGCUGUAUUUGUGGUUGCACAACCAGUACAGAAAAUCGUCGUCAACUUUUUAAAUUUCCGACCGAUGAGGAAAAUAGAAAUAAAUGGUGGAGUGCAAUUGGAAAUAACAUCAAAAGAGGAAGAUCUCAUCGGAGUAAUUUAUUUGUGUGUAAUCAACAUUUUGCCGAAAGUUGCUUUCAACGUGAAUUAAUUGAAGUUUUAAGAGAUGGAUGUGAAGUCAGUUUACCAAGGAAGUGUGUCACUUUGAAAAAGGACAGUGUUCCAUCAAUUUUCGAGAAUUUUGGAGUAUCAAAAUCUGUAACCAAUGGAGAAAGUGCGCUUAAUAAUUUGGAUUCACUUGCAACUUGUACCAUUAAGCAGGAACCAAGCGAUGAAUUACCUAAUAUUGAAACUCAUAUUAAAAUUGAAAAUUUGAAACCUAUUGAAAAUGAUGAGACAAAUUUACCAAGUAACAUGGAUUCUCAAUCAGCGCGAACUACUUAUAAACGGGCAUUAUCGCCCACGUCCCAGACAAGAGUAAAUAUCGCCAAACACGUUAUGGGUCUUCAAGUUUCAACACCAAUUAGACAACCAGUUAAUCAACCGAUAAUUCAACCUCUAAAUGCAGCAAAGAUAAUUUGCUUAGAUUCGCAUUUCAGACCUUACACGAAAGAAGAUUUAUUAAACGAUUGGAAUUCAAGAGAUCUCAAAACUUUUCCCAAAUAUUGGGGAUUGACUGAAAUAGAUGAUGGCGUAUUUUUUGGAUACGUUGGAGACGUUCCCUACAAAGUCACGAGAGGAAUAUUAGUAAAAAGGGAUAUGUCGGUCGAAGUAAGAGCUAAAAAUCGUGUUGCUAAACUCCCAGUUAUAGAAAACGUUACAAGUAUAGAAAUUUUACGCUCAGCGAUGAUACAAGUUGUGUGCUUGAAAUUAUGCGAUAUGGCUGGUCGGGAAGAAUGUGAAAAUCGUUUUUUUCUACCUGUGCCAAAAUCGAAAAGUAAUAAAUGCAAAGACUGUCAAGUACAAAAUAGACGAGAAAAGCACAAUGUCAAUCGUAAGGAACAUCGUUUUAAAAUUAAAGAAAGUCAAGCAAUCACAACUAAUGCUGAUCUAAAGAAAAAAUUAAAUCAAGCUACAAAGAAGAUCGAGGCUAUGCGAAAGUACAUCGAUAAUUUGAUGACCAAUUCUUUAAUAAAUGAAGAACUAAUAGAAGAAUCGAUGAAAGAUUUGCCACAAGAAAUGCAAAAUGACAUUAGAACUAAUUAUAUAGGGAAGAAACUUGAAGUCAAUACGCAAGUGUUGUAGGAAAUUUUUUUUGUAAAAUAUAAAAACUGCUUUGGAUCUCAAAAA